UACGUAUUAGCAACGUUCUUCCUUUUUCUAAAUCUUGCCACUUUCCAGUUUCCAUUUCAGUCAUCGCUUCACUCUCUUCUCCCUAGAUUUCAUUCCGCCCGCUUCAGGAUAAAUAUUGAGGUUGAAGUUGUGAUUGUUGGAGUUAAUCAUACAAUUGAGAAAACAUGAGCAACACGAUUGGGAAUAACUUGCUGCAUCAGAAUUUGCUUUCUCCGACGGUUUUAGAGCAUCAGAGUAGAAGCAAUACUUCAACCUCGGUUAGGGGGAAUACCUUUCUCCAGCCUCAAGCAUAUUCACUAACACACCGAGCUCCUAUAUCUACUGACUUUUGGGGUAGAAGGGUCUCACUGCAGAAAAAUAAAUUACAGAUGGGAAAGAUGUAUACUAUCUUAAGAUCCGUGAAGGCUGUCUUGGCUGCUGAUCCAUCUUCUAUGCAGCAGAUGGAGAAAUUCAGACUCGACGAUAAGGUUGAAUUACAGGUUGAUGUUGGGCUUCCGACAUCUGGAUCUGGUUCAGUGGUAAAUAUUCAAGUUACAAGCAGCAGUGACAGCAUACUUCUACACUGGGGUGCGAUAAAAAAACGACAAGAUAAAUGGAGUCUUCCACGUUGUCGUCCAGUUGGAACUAUGGUGUACAAAAACAAAGCACUUAGGAGUCCUUUUGUGAAAUCUGGUGCUAAUGCUUCACUGAGCAUAGAGAUUGAUGAUCCUGCAAUAGAAGCUCUAGAGUUUCUGAUAUUUGACGAAGCCCAGAAUAAAUGGUAUAAGUACAAUGGUGGCAAUUUUCAUGUUAAUUUGCCAAAGAAAGAAUUUACAACUCCAAACAUUUUGGUUCCUGAGGAUCUUGUUCAAAUCCAAGCUUACUUGAGGUGGGAGAGGAAAGGGAAACAGAUGUAUACCCCAGAACAAGAGAAGGAGGAGUAUGAGGCAGCUCGAAUGGAGCUAUUGGAAGAAGUUGCUAGGGGUGCUUCGGUACAGGACCUUAGAGCAAAGUUAACAAGUAAAAAUGCUGCAAGUGAAAGUAAAGAGCAAUUUGCUUCCGAAUCAAUGAGCAAUAUACCUGAUAAGGAAAAAGACAACCACAGGAAAAAUAUACAAUCCAAGGUUCCCAAGAAACAGACUCCAAAAACUAAUUUCUCCAAUGAAAAAGUUCCGCGCAAAAAAAGGGACAUAAUGUCGCUUCUCACUAAGUUUAAACCAGAGUCCAUCAAGGAAAAUAUCCCCCCUUCUCCAGAAGUUUUAUCUCAUAUUAAACAGUUCUCUAUGGAGAAGGAAGCUCAUAUCGAUGGCCCGAUAAUGAACAAGAAAAUUUAUAAGCUUGGUGAUAAGGAACUCCUGGUACUUGUAGCAAAGUCCUCAGGCAAGACAAAAGUCUACCUGGCUACAGAUCUUCCAGAUCCUGUUAUUCUCCACUGGGCUUUGUCCAAAAACGCUGGAGAAUGGACAGCACCUCCCUCAACUAUGAUGCCCCCUGAUUCAGUUUUUGUAGAUAAGGCUGCCGAAACAAAUUUCACAACCAGUUCUGUCAAUAAUCAGCCACACAAGAUUCAAUCAUUGGAAAUAGCAGUUGAAGAUGAAAACUUUGUGGGGAUGCCAUUUGUUCUUUUGUGUGGUGGAAACUGGAUAAAAAACAGCGGAUCCGACUUUUAUGUCGAGUUCAAAACUAGGCCUGCGAAAGUUCAAAAGGAUGCAGGAGACGGGGAGGGAACAUCAAAGUUUUUGUUAGAUAAAAUAGCAGAGUUGGAAAGUGAAGCCCAGAAGUCAUUUAUGCAUAGAUUUAAUAUUGCAGCAGACUUGAUGGAACAAGCAACUAGUGCAGGUGAAGUAGGUCUUGCCGGCAUUCUUGUGUGGAUGAGAUACAUGGCAACAAGACAACUCAUUUGGAACAAAAAUUACAAUGUAAAACCACGAGAGAUAAGCAAAGCUCAAGACAGACUAACGGAUUUGCUCCAGAAUGUCUACAAAAGUUAUCCUCGGUAUCGUGAAAUCCUACGCAUGAUUAUGUCAACUGUAGGUCGUGGAGGAGAAGGGGAUGUGGGGCAACGAAUUAGGGACGAAAUAUUAGUCAUUCAGAGAAACAAUGAUUGCAAAGGUGGACUGAUGGAAGAAUGGCAUCAAAAGCUUCAUAAUAACACUAGUCCUGAUGAUGUUGUAAUAUGCCAGGCAUUGAUGGACUAUAUCAAGAGUGAUUUUGACAUUAGUGUUUAUUGGAAAACCUUAAAUGAUAAUGGAAUUACAAAAGAGCGCCUCCUUAGUUACGACCGUGCAAUACGCUCUGAACCUAAAUUUAGGGGGGAUCAAAAGGAUGGACUUCUGCGUGAUCUUGGACAUUACAUGCGAACAUUGAAGGCAGUUCAUUCAGGUGCAGAUCUUGAGUCUGCUAUCGCAAAUUGCUUGGGGUACAAAGAUGAGGGACAAGGUUUCAUGGUUGGAGUGCAGAUAAAUCCUGUCGAAGGCUUGCCAGCAGGAUUUCCGGAAUUACUCCAAUUUGUUAUGAACCACAUUGAAGAUAGAAAUGUUGAAGCCCUUCUUGAGGGAUUGCUUGAGGCUCGUCAGGAGCUUAGACCAUUGCUUUCCCAGUCUAAUAACCGCUUAAAGGAUAUUUUAUUCCUGGAUAUUGCCCUAGACUCUGCAGUUAGAACUGCUGUAGAACGUGGAUACGAGGAGCUAAAUAAUGCUAGCCCUGAGAAAAUCAUGUACUUCAUUUCCCUUGUUGCUGAGAACCUAGCACUUUCUGUCAGUGAUAAUGAAGAUCUCCUUUAUUGCUUAAAGGGGUGGAAUUUAAGCCGGAGCAUGUUCAAGAGCAGGGAUGAGCACUGGGCAUUGUUUUCCAAAUCAGUUCUUGACAGAACUCGGCUUUCACUUGCAAGCAAGGGCGAGGCAUACCAUCAAUUACUGCAACCAUCGGCAGAGUAUCUUGGCACACUGCUUGGGGUGGAUCAGGGGGCUAUCGAUAUAUUUACUGAAGAAAUAAUUCGGGCGGGCUCAGCAGCUUCACUGUCCUCUCUUCUCAACCGACUUGAUCCAGUUCUUCGACAAACUGCAAAUCUAGGAAGUUGGCAGGUCAUCAGUCCGGUUGAAGUUGUUGGCUAUGUAGUUGUAGUUGAUCAAUUGCUUUCUGUUCAGAAUAAAUCUUACUCAAGACCAACAAUAUUGGUUGCAAAAUCUGUUAAAGGAGAGGAAGAAAUUCCUGAUGGUGCUGUAGCAGUACUGACUCCUGACAUGCCUGAUGUUUUGUCGCAUGUUUCUGUUCGAGCCAGGAACAGUAAGGUUUGUUUUGCCACUUGCUUUGAUCCCAAUAUAUUGGCUGACAUUGAGGCACAUGAAGGAAAGUUGUUGUGCUUAAAACCAACAUCCGCAAAUGUGGGAUACAGUGAGAUGAAAGAUGAUGGGCUAGUAAGUUCAGCUAACUCACAAGAAGCUUCAUCUUCAUCUACUCCUUUGUCUUUGGAGAGAAAGCAAUUCUCUGGAAGAUAUGCAAUCUCAUCUGAGGAAUUUACAAAUGAACUGGUUGGGGCCAAAUCACGCAAUAUCGCACACCUAAAAGGGAAAGUUCCAUCUUGGGUUAACAUUCCAACUUCUGUUGCUUUACCGUUUGGUACUUUUGAAGCAGUCCUUUCAGAUACUUUAAAUCAGGUUAUACUCUUUGGUAGAUGCACCCUUUCAUGCCUCUCCAUUUUGUACACAUUGCCCGUCAUCUUAUACUUCUUAAUUCGUUCAUCAAAAAAGUCCCGCUCGGGUAAGGGUAAGGGUAAGGGGAAAGAGUCGAGUUCACAAAUUCCCAACACGGAUGAAGCAAACGAGCAGUGGAUGCACUCGUUGUUGGCGAUGGGUUCUCCUCCCGGCCAACUUCCAUACGCGGGUCCGUCUCCUUUGCAGACUCCUCCGGCGCGGAGACUUUCUCCGUACUUCAACUCCGCCGGCAGAAUGCCCUCUCCAGCCGACGAUGUGUAUCGGCCCCAGUUCGACACCCCCGGAUCAACCCCAGGCGACCAAGAAUCUCAGGCCGCGACACUGAGCGCGGAGGACUUCGAUAUGGAAGAAACGCCCACCGAGCCGCCUUCUAGGAGCGGGAGGGGGAAGGCGCCGGCGCGUCGUCGGGUCAAGCGACCGAUACGGGUUCCGAUGAGAGGCCGAAGCGGGAGCCACAAGACACGCCUCAAUGAAGGACCAUGGCAGCGAGGCGAUCCGUCGGCAUUGGGAGCGCCUCAUGAGGGACUGCGGCCACUUCAACGGCGUAUUUAUUCUAACUUGUUGGCGAACAUGCCCAGUGGCCAGAACGAGCAUAUGGUCCGAGAUGAGGCCAUGCAGAGGUAUUGUGGCAAGUACUUGUCGAAGGGGUUCAAGUAUUGGAACAUCUACGAUAAGCUGAAGGAUCUCCCCAAAUUCCGGACGGGAAUGCACGCUCGCGCUGCACGGGAAAUCGUCUAUUUAUUAAAUACGUUUGAGAUACGGAACACAGUUUUGGAACUUUCAGCACCACCACAGCUGAUUAAAGAGCUCAAGGAGAAGAUGCAAAGUUCUGGUAUGCCGUGGCCCGGGGAUGAAGGUGCAGAGAGAUGGGAACAAGCAUGGAUGGCCAUAAAGAAGGUGUGGGCCUCAAAGUGGAACGAGAGGGCAUACUUCAGUACAAGAAAAGUGAAGCUUGAUCAUGACUGUCUUUGCAUGGCUGUCCUAGUUCAAGAAAUAAUAAAUGCUGAUUACGCAUUCGUUAUCCAUACUACUAACCCAUCUUCUGGGGAUUCAUCAGAAAUAUAUGCUGAGGUUGUCAAGGGGCUUGGGGAGACACUGGUGGGAGCUUAUCCAGGUCGUGCACUGAGCUUUAUUUGCAAGAAAAAUGACCUUAAAUCUCCUCAGAUUUUGGGUUACCCCAGCAAACCUAUUGGCCUUUUUAUUAGACGGUCUAUAAUUUUCCGGUCAGAUUCCAAUGGCGAAGAUCUAGAAGGUUAUGCUGGUGCUGGGCUUUAUGACAGUGUCCCAAUGGACGAAGAGGAUCAAGUGGUGCUUGAUUACUCGUCUGAUGCAUUAAUGGUUGAUGGCGACUUUCGUCACUCAAUUCUCUCUAGCAUAGCCGUUGCAGGAAAUGCCAUCGAGGAGCUCUAUGGAUCCCCUCAAGAUAUUGAAGGCGUUGUCAAGGAUGGAAAAAUAUACGUAGUCCAAACAAGACCACAGAUGUGAUCAAAUUUCCUGGAGUCCAACUGUUUUCCGGGAUGGAAAAGACCUACUUCAUACAAACACGACCCGCAAAGAGAAACAUCUACUAUAAGGGCAAUGGAAGGAAUCAGGUAGUGGUAGUUUAUAUCAACUGUCAAUAUAUAUGGAUGCCACAAGUAGUUCAUAUUCAAGUUAUUCUGUAUAUGUUUAUUCUAAACGCUGUAUCAUUAAUACAUACUUUAUUUAUAAUAACUUAAUAAGCAUUGUUAUUA